GCCGCCAGCGCCGCCUCCGCCGCCGCGCCGCGCCUGCACCACACCACCGUCUACAGCGCCGACACCAUAACGCACGCUAUUACACGUCUCACGUCUACCGGAAUGUAAAUAUUUAUGGAUGUCAGUUUUCAGUUGUUUAGAUUGGCUGUGAAUUUUAAGGUGAAAAUGAAAUCGACAAGGCGUGUUCGGGUACAUGAAGAUGCUAUACGCCAUAGUGAGUGUAAGAGUGGCGGCGACCGGCUGGCGACGCCGCGGAUGUCGCUGCUUGGCAAACCGCUCAGCUACCGCGCCACGCGACGCGACGCGCGCUACCGCCGCCUCCAGUCCAAGUUCUACAAUUUCCUCGAACGGCCCAGGGGCGUCAAGGCUGUCCUCUAUCAUAUGAUCGUGUUUCUGAUGGUGUUCAUGUGUUUAUCGCUGUCAGUAUUUUCUACAAUUGAAGAAUACGAAGCAAAAGCAGGAAUUGUCCUUUUCUAUAUGGAGACAGUAGUUGUUAUUUGGUUCGCUAUCGAGUUCUUUUUAAGGUUAUGGUCGUCAGGAUGCAGGUCCCGGUACCAAGGCUCAAUAGGUCGCCUCAAAUUCCUGAGGCGACCGUUCUGUAUAAUAGAUGUGACGACGAUACUAGCGUCUGUGGUGGUGCUGGGCAUGGGGUCGUCGGGGCAGGUUUUUGCGGCGUCCGCGCUGCGUGGCCUGCGCUUCUUCCAGAUCCUGCGCAUGGUGCGCAUGGACAGACGUGGCGGGACCUGGAAACUUCUCGGCUCCGUCGUUUAUGCUCAUCGACAGGAAUUAAUCACUACCUUAUACAUUGGGUUCCUAGGACUGAUAUUCGCAUCGUUCUUGGUUUACCUAGCUGAGAAAGACGUCGCUGACACCAAGUUCAAAAAUUUCGCGGAAGCCUUAUGGUGGGGCGUAAUCACGCUGUGCACAGUGGGGUACGGCGACAUGGUGCCUCAGACCUGGCAGGGCAAAUUCAUUGCCUCCUUCUGCGCGCUCUUGGGAAUUUCGUUCUUCGCACUGCCUGCCGGUAUACUGGGUUCCGGUUUUGCACUUAAAGUACAGCAACAACAACGACAAAAACAUAUGAUUCGAAGACGUCAGCCGGCCGCCACACUUAUCCAGGCACUGUGGAGGUGCUACGCGGCCGACGAGCACUCAAUGAGUGUGGCUACUUGGAAAAUACACCAAGUGCCACUCCCCAGCCCACAGCCCAGCCGAGUGAUGAGUGCGUCGUUCAAGAACAAUGCAUCGUUUGUGUCGCGGCUGCCGACGAUCCGCCGCCACAAGAGCACGUCCCUGCACUCCCCGGCGCCGCACUCCAAGCCCGCGCACAGAUACGACGUCAAUGCUAGUGCUGAAAAUCUCGGCGCGACGAACGGGCGCCCAGCGCGCGCGCGGCCCGUCAACCCGUCACACAGCGAGGACUCUGUGGCCGAGACAGCCCUCUCCAAGAAAAACUCUGAUGACGAGGACGAGGAGCCGCGUUGCGUGACGUUGACUUCACGACACAAAGCUGCCAUACGAUUCAUAAGAAAGCUCAAGUAUUUUGUGGCACGCAAGAGAUUUAGAGAAGCAUUGAAACCAUACGACGUGAAAGAUGUGAUAGAGCAAUAUUCGUCGGGGCACGCAGACCUGCUAAACAGAACCAAGAACCUGCAGUACAGGUUAGACCAAAUACUUGGAAAACAAGGAUCAAAAGCUAAAGAUGUGUACGCAUCAAAAAUCAGCUUAGCUUCCAGAGUAGUUAAAAUUGAAAGACAAGUAGAUGAUAUAGAAAGUAAGUUGGAUCAUUUAUUAGAAUUGUACAAAGAAGACAGAGGAGGAUCUAGAAGGAUAGGCAGCGGGGCCAACAGUGGAGAAGGCGGCGCGUCUGGCGAGAGCGGGCCGUGCGUGCGGCUGCGGCCAGCGCUCACGGAGAAGCAGUGCUCCGAGCCCAACUCGCCGGUGUCGCGCACCUUCGACCCGCCGCCGCCCGCCGCGGCACCUCUCGUGCCCUACAAGCGUCCCAUGAACAGAGGAUACUCUGAUCUAGGCACUAGAUUCAUGAAAAAGAAAGUCAUUGUAAAGACAUCUUCUAGUCGGAACGGUGAUUCCCCGAGAGACGACGAAGUAGUAAUUGUAGUGCCGACGGACCGUGAUGACACGCCGCCCCGGCUCGUCACGGACAGUUCAGAUAUGAUUACAGAAGUUUGCGCCAGUUGUUCAGCGGGUGUGGAAACGGAGCCGCGCUCGGGCAGCUCGGGCUCGGCGUCGUGGUGCGAGGGGGACGCCGCCGAGGAGCGCGGCUACGGCUCCGGCGACUCGCUGGCGGAGGACGCCGCGCUGCUCGGCGACUCCGCACAGGUCUCGCUGCAGCCCCGCAUCAUGCGCAACCAGAGGCGGGACGUGGCUGUCGACCUCCAUCUGUUACGACCCGACGUCUGAGUCGCGUUCUUAGCAUCCGUUUAAAUAUAGGCUUUCCUACAAAUAUU